CACCCCGAAACGUCCGUGGCUCGGUUUUGAACAAAGUUAGUGGAAGUAAACGGGGUGACAGGGAAGGCAAGGGCGGUGGACAGUAAUUUGGAUAAAAUAGCUCUGUAUUUAAAUGAGCGAUUUCUGUAAUACUUUACCUAGUUAGUGUGUAUCGUGUGUUGAAAAAUGGCAUUGACCCCCGAUGAAAGCGAUAGAGAUAAGGUCCGAUCGGUGUCUGUGGACCUGAACAAUGAUGCCUCUCUGCUCAUCGACAUCCCCGAUGCUUUAUGUGAGCGGGACAAGGUGAAAUUCACAGUCCACACCAAGACGACGCUCAGAAACUUCCAGAAGCCCGAGUUCUCAGUGCCACGGCAGCACGAGGACUUCAUCUGGCUCCACGACACCCUGGUGGAAACGGAGGAGUACGCCGGGCUCAUUAUCCCGCCGGCCCCUCCAAAGCCUGACUUUGAGAGCCCCCGGGAGAAGAUGCACAAGCUGGGGGAGGGAGAGGCAUCCAUGACCAAGGAGGAAUAUGCCAAGAUGAAGCAGGAGCUGGAAGCUGAGUACCUGGCAGUAUUCAAGAAGACCGUACAGGUCCAUGAGGUCUUUCUCCAGCGCCUCUCCUCCCACCCCAUCUUCAGCAGGGACCGCAACUUCCAGAUCUUUCUGGAGUAUGACCAAGAUCUGAGCGUGAGGAGGAAGAACGCCAAAGAGAUGUUCGGAGGGUUCUUCAAGAACAUGGUGAAGUCUGCGGAUGAGGUUCUGAUCUCGGGGAUCAAGGAGGUUGAUGACUUCUUCGACCAGGAGAAGACCUUCCUGCUGGACUACUUCAGCAAGAUCAAGGACUCCACUGCCAAAGCUGAGAAGAUGACUCGCUCCCAGAAGAGUGUGGCUGAAGAUUACAUCCACAUCUCCGCCACCCUGAACAGCCUCUCUGCAGAAGACACCACAGCGAUGAAAGAGCACUUGGAGAAGCUGUCGGACCUCUUUGAGAAGCUGCGGAAAGUGGAAGCCCGGGUGGCGUCAGACCAGGAGCUGAAGCUGACGGAGCUGCUCAGGUACUACAUGAGGGACAUCCAGGCUGCCAAGGACCUCUUAUAUAGACGGGCCCGGGCGCUGGCCGACUACGAGAACUCCAACAAGGCCCUGGACAAGGCGCGGCUCAAGAGCAAAGAUGUGGCCCAGGCGCAGGAGCACCAGGAGCAUUGUCUGCAGAAGUUCAAUAAGCUCUCCGAGUCUGGCAAGAAGGAGCUGACCAACUUCAAAGGAAGGCGGGUGGUAGCUUUCAGGAAGAACCUGAUCGAGAUGGCAGAGCUGGAGAUCAAGCACGCUAAGAAUAACAUGUCGCUGCUUCAGAGCUGCAUCGAGCUGCUGAAGAGUAACUGAGAGCCAAUCUUUGGACGGCCAGACUGAAGGGAAUCCCCUCAGGGUCAACUGCACCACCUACACCCUCCCUGAAGCCACCAGCGUAGCUGUCCUUCAGCGCACUUAAAGUUUACAAAUAUUCCACCCCCCCUUGCUGCUCCCAUCUCCUACUAACCUACGUCCGUUUGACCUUCCUCAUGCUCAGUGUCCAUUCUUGUGUUUCCUGAACGCUUUGGGCGUUGUGUUGAGUCCCUCGCCACUGGAGUCCCCACUAAAGCAUGCCAUUUGGAAUUUAAGUACACACACCUUCACCUGUGCGCCCCACAUUUGUUUAUUGAGUGUGCUGCCUAACUUUAGCCCUUGGUUGACAUGCCCCUGCUUUUGGUUGCUGGCAAAGAACCAGAAUCCCCUGUUCUGUCCUCUGGUCUUUGCUGUGAAUUUAGUGGCCCUUAGUUUGAUUGCCUGCGGUCUUCUCUCUCUUUCUCUCUCUCUCUCCCCCCGUCUCUCUCUCAUCUCGUCACACAGUGAAUAUUUCCUUCAUAUUUUUUGCCUGGUUUGAUUCAGGCAUUUGAAACGCUGACAGAUCGCCGUACUCUGUGCUGAUGCGAGAUGAGGUUUGGGCACUUGGAUGAGCACGUUCGAAAAAGAAGAACAGGAAUCCUUGCGUUCCUUCUUCCCCACGGUCCUGUGUAAUUUCCUGUGUGUGUGUUUACACUGUGUUUGUGUUUCUUUUUCCACUUGAGGGGAUUAAUGGAACCAACAUGCAGCACUAUACUGGUAAAAGCACGGCAGGGAUGAUUUUUAAGACUCUCGUUAUGUUUUUCUCUUAAAGGACACCGUUAUGCUUAAAUAUACAAAUGGCCCCUGGAUGGGGCAGGUUAAAUGUGGGACCAGUGUGACCAGAGGGAUAUACACGUGACCUUUUGUGCUGGGAAAAUGAACAGCAACAACAAAAGAAACUGGCCAGGUUUUUUGUUACUGGUUUUUUUUUACGUGGGGAUUUUUAUAUGCUUUUACCCCGUGUGUUGGUGAGGCAUAGUACCAGUCUGAGUCACCCCAUUAACCGUGCAUCUGCCCGAGUCAGAGAUCCACCAGCUGGCAGAGGGUCCUGGCUCAUGGUGGUGCAGCCAAACCCACUUCCUGCUGUGUGUGGUUUCUCCAUCUCAGCUCCAAUACCUUCCACCAGCUUCCUGGCCAUUCACGCCACUGCCUACCAUCCCGAUAUUCCCUCUAUCUUUCCCUCCAUCUCUCUAGCAUCUAAAGAUCGCACCCUCUCUCUUUCUUGCUUCUGUUUUCAAAAAAAUGUUUACUUUUUUAUUUUCAUAGUUAGUUGCAGGCUUUUUUCUAUUGUUUUUUCCCCGACAGACCCAUGAAAAUUGCAUGUUAAAGCAGCGGAAUAAAUGUGCAUUUCUGUGUAACACCUGAAUUCCAUAAACCCAGAAAAAAAUGCCAUUUUUAAAAGCAAUAAGAGAGCGUGAUGGCACUACAGUUUAGAAAUCAUUUGUGAGCUUGAUUAUUUCCUAAAUCGUUAUUGUGUUGUUUUGAUAAUUGAAUGUAUUUCUAAUUGAUACAGAUUUUGAACAAUGUCUUGUAAAUUGUUUUUCUUAUGUUUCUUUUGUUAGUUUUUUGCUCUUUUUUAAGAUUCUUGUAAUAAUGACAAUAAAUGUCUUAAUUUCCCAGCUCAA